CUACAGCGAACCUCAUUGGCUCUUCCUAUCUGUUUCGGUUUCAUAGUCGUGACUCAGAUGGCGGCCUUCGCCUCCUCCGUCUUCGUUUUCCCCGGAACGAUUUGCGUCGCGAUCCGAUCGUGAAUAGCAGCGCGCACGAGAGAGAGAGCGAGAGAGAGAGAAUGUGGUUGUGAGGUGCGAUGGCAGUCGGCGAGCAACGCGGUGCGGGCGCCGCCGUCUUGGAGGAGAAGACGGCCACGGCGGAAGAGGAUGAAGGAGAGGGAGGGGGGAAGAGAGAGGGCGACGCUGCUCCUCCCGCGGAGGAGAAUCGCGAUUGCGUUGUUGUGGACGUGGCGGGAUCAGCAGAUGGAGCGGCGGAUGGUGGGAACGAUCGGGACGCGGAGACGCCCUGUCGGAUCUGCCAGUUGCGCCCGGAUCGGGGGCAGGAAGUCUCCUUGCAGGUCCUGCUCGGGUGCUGGUGCAACGACGGCGAAGAACGCGGUGAGGCGGAUCCUGAAGUCGCCCGCCCGCCGGAGGAAGCCGCCGUUGUAGUGGCCUUGGAGGAGAGGGCAGCGGUGGAGAUGGGCGCCGCCUUCGUGGUCGUCGACGUGGGCGGAUCAGCCGAUGGAGCGGCGGACGGGAGCGAGUGGGACACGGCGAUGGCCUGCCGGAUCUGUCAUUUGAGUCCGGAUCGGUUUGAGGAAGGCUCCGAGCUGUUCCAGCUCGGAUGCGGUUGCAAGGGCGAGCUCGGUGUCGCGCACCGCCACUGCGCCGAGGCCUGGUUCAAGGUGAAGGGCAACAGGUAUUGCGAGAUUUGCGGUGAAAAUGCAAAGAACGUCACCGGCGAGGACGAUAGCAAAUUCAUGAACGAGUGGUACGAGAGGGGAGACUCGAGCAACCGAAAUGUGUCCGAGCGGUGCAGUUGCUGGAGGCACCAACCUUUCUGUAAUUUCCUAAUGGCUUGCUUGGUAAUAGCAUUCAUGCUCCCAUGGUUUCUCCGGGUAAAUAUGUUCUGACAUGUCGUCUGUUCUGCCACUCCUGUGGUCAUGGAGAAUAAAUAAUAGGCUGAGCUAUGGCUCCCUGUAAAUAGAAAAUAACACAGUAUAAAUUACGUGAACUAACUGUUGAUGCAUAUGUUCUAUCCCUUUGUAGAGAUCUCUUGCCAACAUAUAAUUUGGUUCUAAUCCAUAGCAGCAUAUGUAAGUUCGAUGUCA